UGGGAGUUUCCAGGAAGUACAGUGGCCAUAUUGGAUCCCAUUGAGAUCUAGGAGCUCUGAUUGCAUCAAUUCAUAAGCAAGCAGAUUGCGAGACGACUGGUGGCAGAAGCAUUCACCAAAGCAUUAUGGCUGCGAUUGAUGUAGAGAGGGCUUCUAAUGAAGACAAACGCACCCUCUCGCUGGGCGGACAUGUGGGAUUUGACAGCCUUCCAGAUCAGCUUGUUAGUAAAUCUGUCACACAGGGUUUCUGCUUCAAUAUCCUCUGCGUGGGGGAAACCGGCAUUGGUAAAUCCACACUAAUGAACACACUGUUUAACACAACAUUUGAAACUGAAGAGGCCAGCCAUUAUGAGAAUGGUGUACGUCUGCGACCACGUACCUAUGAGCUUCAAGAGAGUAAUGUGCAUCUGAAACUGACUAUUGUGGAUACAGUAGGAUUUGGAGAUCAAAUCAACAAAGAGGACAGUUACAGGUCAGUCGUUGAUUACAUUGACACUCAGUUUGAGAAUUACCUGCAAGAAGAGUUGAAAAUAAGACGCUCACUUUUCAACUUCCAUGACUCCAGGAUACAUGUUUGCCUCUACUUCAUCACCCCCACUGGCCAUUCACUGAAAUCUCUGGACUUGGUUACCAUGAAGAAGCUGGACAGUAAGGUGAACAUCAUUCCAAUAAUCGCCAAAGCUGACACAGUCUCAAAAAGUGAGCUCCACAAGUUCAAAAUUAAAAUUAUGAGUGAAUUGGUCAGCAAUGGAGUACAGAUCUACCAGUUCCCUACAGAUGAUGAUGCUGUAGCAGAAAUCAACUCAGUGAUGAAUGCUCAUCUUCCAUUCGCUGUUGUUGGGAGCACUGAAGAGGUGAAGGUGGGAAAUAAACUAGUGCGAGCAAGACAGUACCCUUGGGGAGUUGUACAAGUUGAAAAUGAAAGCCACUGUGAUUUUGUGAAACUACGCGAGAUGCUAAUCCGGGUCAAUAUGGAGGAUCUCCGAGAACAAACGCACACUCGGCACUAUGAGCUGUACAGACGGUGCAAGCUGGAAGAGAUGGGCUUUAAAGACACAGAUCCUUACAACCAGCCCUUCAGCCUUCAAGAAACCUAUGAAACUAAAAGGAAAGAAUUCCUGAGUGACUUGCAGCGAAAAGAAGAGGAAAUGCGACAGAUGUUUGUGAGCAAAGUCAAGGAAACCGAAUCAGAACUGAAAGAGAAGGAACGGGAGCUACAAGAGAAGUUUGAGCACCUUAAGAGGAUACACCAGGAAGAGAAGAGGAAGGUGGAAGAGAAGAGAAGAGAGUUAGAGGAAGAGAUGAACUCUUUCAACAGACGGAAAGUUGCAGUGGAAACAUUGCAGUCCCAGUCCUUCCAAACAACCUCGCAGCAACCUCUUAAGAAGGAUAAAGAUAGGAAAAAUUAAGAUGCACAGACUUGUAUGUCAAGAGUGGACUUACUGUUCAUGUCAUUAAUUGCAUGAAUUCUUCCUAUGUCAUCCUAACAUUAUUUGAGUGGACCAAAGCAUUAUGAAAUCCUGGAUUCUACAGAGUUUACAGCGUUAUCAUUUUAAAAAAAAUAAUCUCUCUGAAUCACAUUAACUUAAGGUUGACUCUUUCUAAUCUAUGCAAUAUUAAUGUGUAUUUAAAAUGCUACAUAUUUUGUUUAAUAUGUUAACAUAUCAGAAGCAGCCACAAUAGGAUAUUCUAAGUCUUCCACUUAUUUACUGGUAGUAACAAAUCACGUUCCCUAAGUUGUGUAUUCUGCAGGUACAAUGUUUCUUCAUUCUAAAUGAUUUUAUUAAAUGUAGAUAUACUUAAAAUUCUAGAAAAAACAUUUUUCAAAAUGACCCAUAUGUUUUUGUCCAAAUGUUUUUAUUGGUGAGGUAAAGUGUAGAUUGUAAUGGAGACGGAAACUUAGACAUUAUAGAAAGAAUGAGGGCUCUAUACCCAUGUAUUACCUUCACGAUAUUUAUCUAAAACCUAAUCCACCACCGAUACAAAAUGGCGCUUACAUUGCUGCAGUUUGUAUUUUGUGUCAUUGCUCAAGUUGCAGAUAACUUGUAUCUUGAGGGGAUAAUUGCAGUUAGAAAUAAAUUACUAAAACUGAAAUAGGGAAUAUUUUUGUGUUGAACAAGAAAUAGUAGAAACAUCUUUGAGACUGUUAGGGCUUCUCUGAUUUCAUAUUUUAUCUGAUAAGGAGUAGUGACUAAUUCUCAAAGUAAUUUAUAGUUAACAAUGAAGGAAUUAAAUUAUUGAUCUACCUUUAUUGUGUGUUCAUUUGAUACUGAUCAUGUAGAUAAUAGUUUUUACAUGCAGUUAUGUCUUGGGGGCCAUUUUGUAUAACAUUAGGCUUAAUAUUGUCUCCAUUCCUUAGCAGAGUGCAGUUCAGUGUCAUUUUUUAUUUUUGCUUUGUAAGAUAUGUGGCGUAUAAUUAUCACGUUGACAAUGUUUGGAUAACAGCUUUUUAUAUGUAUUUCUAUGUAAAUAUAUGAGAGAAAGUUAAAACUUUUUUUUUUCUUGGUUGAGCAUUAGCCACAUCUAUAGAUAUUAUUAUUAUUAUUAUUAUUAUUAUUAAUAUGUGGUUAAUUGACGUUGUGUUAGUUUGUUUUUAACCUCUACAGUGUCCUUUUACCAUCUGAGAUAUCUGAUGUAGAAUUUCCUUGUAUGUUGUUGAACAUGAAGGUUGAUGAAUAGCACAUUGAGGUGUCAUGGUUCUUAAAUAAUCGAAGGCACAUUAAUUUAACUACUAUGUAAUAAUUUGCUCUUUCAGCUAUGUUGUAAAAGCCAGGUGUUGCUUGUCAAGUAAACUUAUAAAAAGGUAUCAUGUUGUAUUUUUAACAGCUGUAUAUACUUUUAUAUUAGAUUCAGAUAGCAGAGGCUAGGCUAUUGUAUUUGGAUAUAUAGGAGUGUUUCAGGGCCCAAGAGAGAGAAAAAGGUGUGAUUUUAAGUAUCGUAGUUAACAUUUACCAAAUCAGCAACCCAUUCUUCCUGGGGGAGGGUGGACAGAAUUUUAAAAGGAAAGUAAAUAUCUUGAGACUUUUAUAUAAAAUAUUUACUUAUGUGUAAGCACUUUGCAAUAUACUUUAUUUAUUUUGCCCCUUUUUCUUGUCAUUUAGCUUUGAAAAUUGUGGCUUUCCUAUCUCUGACUUCUCAAGACUAACCCUGCUACAUAUCUUUCCCUAGUUGGCUUCAACAGUUAAGAUGUGCAAAGCAAUGAUCUUUAUACUAACAAUAUGACUAUGGUAAGCCUUGUUGUCUUAUUUGGAGAAGCCAAUCCAGAUUUGAGUCUUCAGACAAGAAUUAAAUGUGCUGCAUUUCCACUACCGCAGUGUUGCCUGGAAGUGGAACAGUCCCUCUUCAUGGUGAUCCAAUGCCGGCAUGCUCAUCUUAACACGUUUGCGCAUCCUGCUUCCUCCUCAUUCCGGGUCACAUUUGAGUUGUGUUUCUGUACAUAAGCUGUCAUGUGAUCGGGCUUCAGAUGCCUUCUUGGAAAUGGGCACUUGUAUUAAAAGGCACUUUUGGAGAGAAUAUCUGUAAGGGCAGGUGGCUGAUUGUGUAAGUUGACAUAAUGGGUUUAUACGAGAUGAUUUUGUGCGUCUUGGUAGAAGUACAUUGGCACACAUUUCAAAAUGUUUACCAGUCUGUUAGUAGCUCUGUUUUAAAGGGACAGGUAAAUACCUUGAGAUUUUAAUAGAAAAUGUUUAAUUAUGCAUAGUAAAACAACUAUGGUAUAUACUUCCAUUUUUUAAAAAAAAAUUACUUUGUACCUCUCAUUUAAUAACGCUGACAAUUUUGAGUUUUCUAAUUCUUAGAGCUGUAAAUGCGCAUUGCAGACUUUGCAAGACUAGCCCUGUCCAUAAUUGGCCUCAGCAGAUAACAGACUGCAAAACAAUGUUGUUUUGUUAAGGUAAUGGCCGUGGCUAGCCUUGUCUACUCCAGUAACAAGUUUGCAUUUGCUCCUCUAAAUAAAGCAAGUGAUUAGUUGAGUAGUGUCUGGCUAUUGAAAAACAAUUACAGCAAAAAAGGUGUUAUAGUUAUAUAACUGAACCGUUUUUUACAUUUACAAGGUGUUCAGUGCCCCUUUCACGUAGCUUUCAUUAAUUUGAUCUGAUGCUUUCAGAUUGAGGGACCUGAUACAGCGAGAACUGUGAAAGUGCCUGGUACUUUGUUAAUUAUUCUUGCCACGUACUUGUUAUAUUUUCGCCCUCUUCUAGCCCUGAGCCUAAUGUACAUCCCUAAUUAUACCGCAUGUGUAUUGUGGCCUCUAACACAGUUUGGAAUAUGUUAGCUUUUGUGUGAAUUCUAUUUACUAUUUCUGCUACGUCUGAGCAACCUGUCUCUGACUUACAUGAUACUAUGUAGUUCCGUUUUCAGAGCAAUUUGCUGUUAAGUGUGGAUGUGGGAAAGUAUUUUUCAAGCCUAACAAUCCAAGAAUAUUCCUGUUCAGCAGGUGUCAGGGCUCAUUCCACUAGAGAUGUAUCACUUCAAGGGUUGGAUGAAGCAGAUGUUUCACUUACAGAUAUUUGUCCAGUAGAUGUUUGGAAACUCCCCCCCCCCCACACACACACACACACUUCUUUUUUUCACUGCAUUUGUAUAUAAAUUCUUAAUUUGGUAAAUGUAGGCUACAGUUAAGCUAGAUAACUGGAAAUGUAAACCAAAAUAAACAGUUCCGUAUCUUGGCUUAUAUUUCUUUCACAAUGUGGUGAGAGUCCACAAGCCAUUACUCCUGGAAUUUAACUCCUAGCCACUAGGAGGAGGCAAAGAUUCCCAAACGAGAACUUUAUCCCUUCCACCUUUUUUGUAUUCCAGUCUUAUCUUUGAGUCCAUAGAAGAAAGGUGAAGAAUUGAGGUGUUCCAGAAUCUUUAGUUGAGAGGGGUCCUCAGACUGAUUUGAGGCCCAUUUUCCCCCUCAGAGAGCUGCUACUGGAGUAUUGGGUAGUAACACAAUCGCUCCCAGUGAGGAAUUGGCAUUAAGCCUGCCACAGGUGUCACAGGGACUGGUGCUUAGCCUCCUCCUGUUAGAUCGCCUAUAUUCUUCACACUUGGAUCCUCUGCUGUGAUGUAUACAGCACUGGAUGGGCUCUACUUGAAGCAGCCUUAUCAGUCUAGUAGUUCAUGGGAGACUUUAUCUGGGCUAUAGUAGAUCCUUUUAGUGUGAUAUUAUUUAUUUCAGAGGGAGUUGAUUUUUAAUUUUCUGUAUGGCAUUUACUGUUUUUACUUUGCACGCUUCAAUUAUUUUAUUUCAGUUUAUGUUUUGCACUCAUUAUUUUAAAUAAAUAUUUGUACUAUUAGCGCACUCCCAUUCCCUUUGUGUUCACCGGCUCUACAAUCAGAUUUUUUUUAUCUCCCACACUUUCAAGUUACACUCCCGAAAUCUUGCGCUUCAUUUAUUUCUAGGUGUUGCAGCGUAGCAGACAGUUAAAAGGGAUAUUAAACAGUGCUCCUUUGGUAAAAACAAAUAUGUUCAAUCAAAGUAAAUAUAAAUAGAUUGUGUAAAAAACGGCUAAUAACUUAUUGUUUUCAUUCGAAAUUAGCAGUUAGAAAUUCUCAGUGUAGCCAUGACCUCAGUGUGUUAAGAGCAGAGGAUUUUCAAAAUCUAAGAUUUUAUGUCAGUUCUGGGCAUGAGCAAAUCUGACUCCUUGUUAUCUAGUCUAUUUACUUGCCUAGAAGCUUUAUGACAUCAGGCUAAGAUAAAACUUCCUGCAAAGGCUCCUCCAUGUGGGGCUGUGACAGGAAAUCCAAGAGUAGAGUAAAAAAAAAGAAGUUAAACUCCAUUUUAAAUAGAUGAAUAAUGCAUAUUGCAAUGGUUUCAAUUAAUUCAUUAUAAGCAACUGGUUAGUUUUUUAUUUAUUAUAACAUGAAACAGACUUUUUAACAUCCAUUUAAUUUGGCAGUGCAGCAGUUAAUAUCUUCCUGCCACACUAUCUUUUUCUAACCGCUCUGUCUAAUAAUUCUGAGGUAAUGGUCCUCUGUAUUCUUGGUGCCAUCUCUGCUCUGAAUUCCUAUGUGGAAGGGAUAAGAUUUACAUUCCCCAUAGAGCCGGAUACAUUUAUUUAUUUGUUACAAUUUAUGGGAGUAUAAUUUUCUGAAUUAUGUUUGUCACUAAGAGCGUUCUAUUUUGCUAACACUUUAUGCUAAAGUUUCUGGAUCCUUACGGUUCAGGAGUUAAAUGCUUAUUUUCUCUCACUGUCUCCAUAUAUUUAUUUGUUCAUAUACAAUAAAUUGUUGUAUAUAUUUGCUGUUGUCUGUAUUUUAUUAUUAUGGAGCAUUCUGGAACUGUCCCCAAUAGCAUAUCUUUAGACCCUUUAUAAGGGAGAUCAUCUGAUCACUUAUCAUACCCAUUUUAAGUGUUUAUUGCAAACUUGUAGCUGCAGUCCCUCCAGCUCAGCUUUGCAAUACAUGUACGGGUCAUUUUAUGCAUACUAACCUAAUGCUGCUCUUGCCUCUAAAGGACAAGGGAGUUAUUCAGAUUUUGCUCCAGGAUUUAAAGAUUUUAUGUGCUCUACAAUUACUGAGAUGAUGCCUCCUCAAAAUAAUUGCAAAAGGACUGUGUCUGACACACAACCAACUGUAAGUUUAUCUAGCAACUCUUAAUCUCAAAAGAUUAGAUCAGCUAAUCACCUUUUUAUUGAUUCAGACUCUGACUCUUCAGAUUUGCCUUCUGAAGGUGAAAUCAUUUCAGAUGACUGAUCAAGAUACUGAAUUCUCCUCUUUCAUGUUCAAGCUUGAACAUCUUGGUGUUUAGGACCUCAGGAGGAAAAAGUCUGUCAAGCAACUGGACCCGUUUUACAAACCUUCUGCUAAGAAUGUAGAGGUUUUUCAGUUUCUGAAGCUAUUACAGAAAUGAUUGCCAAGGAAUGUCUAAACCAGGUAUUCCUUAUAAUCCAGCUUCACAAUUUUAAGAAGAUAUUUCCUCUCCUGGCUUCUAGUGUAGAGCUUUAAGAAACUAUCCCUAAGGUGGAUAGGGCCAUCUUCCCUUUCGCAAAAAGCACUACUAUUUCUUUAGAGGAUAGUACUUAUUUUAAAGAUUCAAUGGGCUGAAAAUUAUUUUCACAGAAAGACAUUUAAGCAAGCAGGUUUACUGUUUAGGCCAGCAAUCGGUUUCACUUUUGUGGCCGCAGCCUCUACUAAUUGGUUGAAACUUAUAAGAUCUGCUAAGGCCUUUGUUAUACGAUUUAUUGAAAAAUGCUAAAAAUGCUAAAAUAUUAGCUGUUCUGACCAGAAGAACUUUGGGGUUGAAAUCAUGGUCAGACUUUUAUCUCCUUUUCCUCUACUGUAACUGGAGGAAAAGGGAGCCUUACUCCCUCGGGACAAAACAUCUAAGAGAAAGGAAUGUCGUUUUGGUGGCCCCAUACCUGGACGAUAUCUUUGUUCAGGCUCCAUCUUUACCUUUAGCUGUAUCUCAUACAAACAAACUUUGGUUGUUUCUUUGCAAGCAGGGUGGGAGAAUCAACUUUCCAAAGAGCUCUCUUUCUCCACAAACCAGUGUCUUUCCUAGGAGUCAUUAUCAACUCAAAUUCUAUGAGACUUUACAUAAAGUGCCAUAAAACAUGUUGCAAUCUGUGCAUAUCCUAAAAGGGCUAAUUAAGUACAAAAUAGUUUGCAUAAAAAAUGUUUAAAAAUUGCUGGCAAGUAUUUUCAAAUUUUCAAAAAUAAGCAAAAUUAGUUACACAGCCAUGUUGUCUGGAUUAGUCUGAUCCACCUUAUCAGUGUUUAGCAUCAGAAACGCAGGCAUUGUAUUUCAACUGAGUUACCAGCAGCUUUUUUGCUUCUAGGCAUGCUCCAGCAGAUAAUGACUGUUAAAGUCUUGCAUUCUACCAAAGCAAAGGUGGAUAUAGAUACAGCCAUAAAAGAAAUUGUGUUGGGGAGUUAAGAGCAGUACUAUUCAGAAACUUAAACAAAAGGCGUUGUCUCUAUCCAGAACUUGUUUUAUGUCCCUUUAACGGAUCAAAGAAGAUUAAACCUUCAGACAGCUUGUGUAACUUUUCAAUAUCUUUCCAAUCCUACAGUAGCUGAAAGCAUGGAAGUGUUGGGUCUGAUGAUAUCGGCAUCAGAUGCUAUUCCUUUUGGACGUUUUCACAUGAGACCUCUAGCUCUUAAUGCUAUGUCAAUUCUUAAAUAAUCCUCUUAGAUUUCGAAGUGAGACGGUCUCAACAGACGCAAGUCUCUCCAGAUGGGGUGCAGUAUGGGGAUCCAUGAGAGCUCAAGGAGUUUCUUUAUUUCAGAAGGCAAGAUUACCAAAAAAUAUUAGAACUGCGCAAUUUUCAGGGCCCUUUUUAAAGCUGGCCUCUCCUGAAAUAACAGACUUACAGCAGUGGCUUAUAUCAUUCAGCAAGGGGGAACUUUAAUUUCCCUAGCAAUGAAGGAGGUUUCCCGAAUUUUGACUACAAUUUAUGCAAUUCAUAUCCUUGAUGUGAACAACUGGGAAGCAGACUAUCUCAGUUACCAAUCAAUUUUAUACAGGGGAAUCUCUUCAUCUUGAUGUCUUAAACCAGGUUGUAAAUCAAUGUGGUAUACCGGAGAUAGACUUGAUGGCUUCUCAUUUGAUAUUUUGCAAAAUCCAGAGAUCCACAGGCGUGGUUUGUAGAUGCUCUCUAGUAACUCCCUGGUCAUUUUGUUUUGCUACAUAUUUCCUUCAACUUUUCUGCUGCCAUUAGUGAUGGCUCGAAUCAAACAAGAGCUUUUAUCAGUAAUUCGGAUUCAUCCAGCUUGGCUAUAUGGAACUUGGUUCGCGUAUCUGGUACAGAUAGCCAGUUGUCCAUUGUAGACUCUUCUACUAAGGCACAACCUACUGUCUCAAGGUACCUUCCAUCAUCAAGAUAAACUUAUAGGUCAAAUUUCAGAGCUUUCUGUGUUAUUCCACAAGAAAAUUGCUAAACUUUCUGACAUUCUAUUCUAUUCCUUAUAAAGUUUUUGUCUGGAUAAGACCUGUAAUUAAACCAAUUUCUCAUCCUUGGUACCUUAAUUUGGUUCUAAGAGCUUUGCAGGUAUCUCCUUUUGAUCCUAUGCACAGUUUAGAAAUUCAUCUUCUGUCUUAAAAGGUAUUUUCUUUUAACAUCAUCUUCUGCCAGAAAACUUUCUGAAUUGUAUGCUCUUUCUUGCAAGCCUUCCUCUCUUGAUUUUCACCAGGAUAAGGCGGUUUUAAGGACUACAUUUGACUUUUUACAAAAGAUGGUUUCUUCUGAUAACAUCUAAUGGGAAAUAGUAAUUCCUUCACUUUGUCUUAAUCCACAACAUUUAAAAAAAAGGCAACUACAUAAUUUAUAUGUAGUGAGAGCUUUUGCAAGCCACAAAGGACUUUAGACAAUCCUCUAAUUUCUUUAUUCAUUUCUCAGGUCCAUGCAGAGGCCAGAUGGCCACAGCCAUUACUUUAGCUUCUUGGCUAAAACUCCUAAUUCACAAGUCUUGCUUGGAGGUGGUAAAGUCCCCGUCCCCCCCCCCCAAAAAAAAAAACGCAUUACAGCCUAUUCUAAUAGAUCAGUUUCCACUUCCCAGGCUUUCAAAAAUGAUCCUUCUGCUGAAGAAAUUGGCAAGACAGCAAUAAUGUCAUCCUUGCAUUCCUUUAUUAAAUUCUACCACUUAAUGUUUUUGCUUCUUCAUAAAAGGCUCUUGUUAGGAAACUCCUCCAGGCUGCAGUGUAAGUGGGUGCCUGCCUUUUUAAAAAAAUUGUUUGUCCCACCCAAAAUUACUUGUGGAUUCUACAGCUUGGGUAUAUAUACCACUUUAUGAAAGAAAACAAAACAAUUCUGGUGGCAGUUCUAGUUGGCACCUCCUCCCCCCCCCCUGCUUUUUCCUUUUCUACCUUUCUACUUCUUGCUUUGCUAUAUGCCAGACUAGCAUACCAUAGAGGUUGGAAGGGAUUAGGUGCUCUUGGAGUCUUGGGAAUGUUUGCCUCUUCCUAGUGGCCAGGAGUUAAAUCCCAGGAGUAAUGGCUCGCGGACUCUCACCACCAUGAAAGAAAUUCAUCAAAUAAGCAUAAUUUUUGUUUUCUAGACUGCAUCCAAGCUCCAUACCUAUAUGCAUACUGGAUUUCUUGGACAUUUAAUAAGAACGAGGGACAGGCUCAAAGGUGGUAGGCACAUGGUGAAGUUCUGUCCAUCCUCCCCAGGAAGUGGAUUUUUCAGUUGGUUAAUGUAGAGGUUUAUAUUUCGUGUGUGGGCUGUCUCUUCAAAAUAUUUUACAGAACCUUACAAAUGGAAUGGGUUACUCAGAUCUUAAAUGUAUCUUCUGGAAUCUAAAGCAUCUUGGCCUAUUUUAGGGAGUUCUGUAUAUCCACUGCCAUCUUGUAUUUUAUAUCGCCCUCUUCUGUAAUGAGGUUACUAUCUACAUGAAAAUGGCAACAUGCAGAGUUAAAUUCCUGUACAAUUGCAUUGUGUGUAUGUUGACUGCCAUAAUAGGAACUGUUAGUAAAGUCAUGUUCCCACCUUUAGUUAGUAGUCCUUCCCAGUUCAUUGUUGACUUUGCUAUAGGAUUAGUGUUUUUCUAAUCAUUUAAUCAUGUAACUAUAACAUUAUUACAAUUUUAAAGAGCAGGAACAUAACCCCCUUCUUUGUGAUAUGUUUUGUGUGUAAAUAAAAUUCUUUGUUGCUAUAGUUGAGGUAUAUUUAUGAAAUUGAAGCUCAAAAUAGUAACCUUUUAUUAUAGUUGUGGCCAGUCAUGAAAGUGUGCAAAGAAACAUUGGCAUCACUAGAUCUAGUUUUAUUUACUUUUAAUAACUACUAUUUACAGCCUUAUAAAUUAUAGUUUAUUGACCUGUCAUUUUAUUACUUGAAAUUGCUAUAAUAAAACCACCUUUUCAGUAUGCACCUGUUUAGCAUCUGUUUAGAAGUCUGGCUCCCCCAUCUAUAGCUCACAAGCCCCAAUCUGAACCUGUAUCCUCUGAGCCUUUGUAAAGAAUCUGUGAACAUUACCCAGAGAUUCUGCAUGAUUUUCAUUACCUGGCAGUAUAAAAGAUGCACAUGCAGGCAUUAACAUAGCACAAGUAGCAAAACCGUAAUUAUAGCAGCGAAUGUGCAGUAAAGCAUGCGUCUUCUAAUGAGUAGCCAGUAAAAAAAAAUCAGUUCCUUCCUACUAAUUGGGUGAUAAUGCCUUUGGCUGUCUCAUCUGAAGCCCCAUAUUGGGGGGGAAAGUGGGGAGCUAGGCUUUAACCUACCAAGCAACUGUAUAUUGAAAAUUCUACAGAAAUCAUACAUUAAAUAAGUUUUCUAUGUUUAAUUCAUAACUUCCAUAUCCUUUAAAUGGACAUUGAAGUCAACUUUUUUUUUUUGCCCUUUAUCUUUUGAAAAACUCAUGUCUUGAAUAACUCAAUAUUUUUGUCAUGCGUUGAAAGGCGUGUCCCUCUCCACCAGUAAUGCAGAACAAGUUGUCCUUAUCAACCAGUGAGGAUUUCACAUAACAUUUAACAAAAUAUUGUGAACGUGUCCUUUUCUUUCAUAUGCACAUCAGACAAUGUUUAAGUACAUUUUCCCUUUCAGAUGCACUGAUGUUGAUAAACGAACCAAUUUGUGCUUUUAGCAGUUAAGUCCUAGGCAAAAACUUAAACCCCCUCUGCGGCCAUCAAGGACUGUAGUGCAUUGCCCUCUGGUAGCAAGGGGUUAAAAUGAAUCAUUCACACCCAACACAACACAAAACUGUACGUCUUUUAUUGUCCCAUUGUGGCAACUUCUGGCAUUAUCAAUUGCUAUUUUGUUUGUUUAACAUGAUAGUAUAUAGUUGUUCUAUUGUCCGACCUCUAAUUGGCACAGCUGCUAACGCUAUGUGUUGCUUGCAUAUGUUCUCAUCCUCCCCUCAGUAAUUCAUUUCUCAAUGAGCCAAAUCCAGGAGGAUUUCUAUAAUCCAGAUGGGAAAGCGUGAAGCUUUUAUCUCUGGGAGCUGCAAUAAAUACUGGGUUUGAGAUCUCUGUACUACAAAGUGUUUAUAACUAAUAUCUUUGCUGCCUCUAAAAGAAAACAUUUUAAAAUGUAUUUUUUUUUUUUUUAAUUUUGUAAAACUGAUAUUUUUGUAUUGAGAGAAAAAGAAUGUUUUGCAGCAGAAGUUCUGCUCAGUCAGUGAUUAAGGACUAGACAAACGCAUGCACUUCCUGUCAGCUUGAAAUUCAAAUAAACAGCAUUAAAUGAACCUUUUUUUCAUGUAAAACAAAAACGCGUGAACAUGUUUAAAUAGAGCCAUUUUAUAUGCAUGAUAGCAUUUUUAUGCUAUACCUUUUAACACUUUUAGAACUCUUGUCAAAUGGUAGUUUAUAUUGUAUCUGAUAACCUGACAGACACCAUUUUUAUUGCACCGUUCAUGUCAAGCAGCACUGUUUUUUUGUUGUUGUUUUUUUUUCAAUGAGCAGAGGGAAAAAAUAAAGUAAUAUUUAAGUAUGUGAAAUAUCCUACUUGCCAGCUAUCAUUUUGUACUCGGUUAUACAAUAAAUUCCUUAGCCAUAAAGUGCAUAAACUUAAAUAAUGUCUCCCAGUUCUGCUUAUUUCACAAGUAGAUGACAGUAAAUGACAGGUGUGUUGUGCAUGGUAGAGAGCACUGCUUAGUCUAAGCAUAGAGCGUAAAUAAAUGGGUGAGACAAAAAUACUGUAAUCCUAGGUACAAUGUUGCAAGCACAGCAUGAAUUCCACUCAAAUGUUCCAAUCUGUACAAGUACCCCCCUCCCCAUAAACCUACACAAAAUGUAACUUAAAAAUUUAGUCUCAAAACUGUAAAUCUUUUGCGGUGGCAUUGUCCUUGUUUUGUAAAUAUUUCCUCAUAGUAAUGUCGCCCCCAUUUCAUCUGAAAUUUUAGAUCUAAGGCCCAUGCUGCAGAUAGAGGAAGUACUUUUAUCUUUAGAAAUGAUGGAGAUUGACGGGUAUAAGAUUCUCAGUGCAUAGCUAAUAUAUAUGACUGACGGCUGUUAGAAGGGCUACAGUAUAAGAGACCUAAAAACAAACUAGCACUGUUUUCAAGUAAGGUGCUUUUGGGUAGAUCUUAUACGCUGCCUGUUUAUGAUUCCUCAGUAAUUUUAUUUAAAAUAAAUAUGCUUAACACUCGACAUAGAGGUCAGUCUCUAUAUACUAAAAAAAGAAAAUACAUUUUAAGGGUGUCCUUACCAAUUUCCUAAGUGACCUUCUGAUAAUGGCCUUAGGAGAUUUGGCUCACUUUGUUUCUUAUACACUAAUAAUUUUCUGCCAGUGAGAGUUACUGCAAAACGGCACAAUUUAAUGCAGCAAAUGGGUUCAAAGUUUUCGAACACCAGUAAUCAUCUCCUCAUGUUAAGCCUUAAAUAAGUAUUUUGUAAAACUCAGUCUAAGGAGUUGUAUCACUGUUUUUUUAAUAUUUACCCAUGUCUCAUAUUGUCAUCCUUUUAAACUAGAUGGUACAUGUAAAGCACAACUCUGAUUUUCCAUUGUCUUUGGGAUUUUGUGUCAUUUGACUCCUCAGAUCACUUUUUUUGUAUUUUGUUUUCUUUAUUAAAUUCCACUUUUAUUUUGCA